AUGGCAUUUAUAACAUCGCUCGACUCCCUUUGGGCGGCUUCGAGCCUCCAAUUCGACAACGCCUUCCAAUUUAUAAAAUCCCUCGCCGGCAACCAUACCGACAUUCCAAAGACAACCGAGACAAUACUAGAAAGCCAGAUUGGCUGGUCCAAUCCUCCAGACCCGUCCAACAUGCCAUUCAAUAUCGAUUUUCAGAUGAUUUUCUCGUUGUUCUACUUCCUCAUCAUCUUCCUUAUACCUGUCUUCCUCACCAACUAUCUCCUCCCUGCCACGAGCCACCCCAGACGCGAUCGCUUCCUGUUCGGAUGGCACCUAUUCGAUGCCCUCGUCCACUUCGGCAUGGAAGGGCUCUUCCUCUUCCACUGCUUCUUCAGCUACGCCCCUAUCUCCCCCAGCGAGAGCCGCGACCCCGUCUUCCUCGGCGACAAAGACCACGUUUACGGCGCCACAUACUCCAACUCACCAACCGCCAAACUGUGGCAUGAGUACGCUCAAGCAGACCACCGCUGGGGUGGUGCCGACCCCACCAUCAUCUCCAUCGAGCUGAUCACUGUGAUCUUCGGCGGUAUCACCGCCUCCUUGAUCAGCUAUUGGGUCUACCAGGCGUCCUGCCGGCAGCCGAGGGAGAAGGAAGCGAUCAAGGGAAAGAUGUGGUUCAUGAUGAUUGUGCUAGCGACGGCUGAGAUAUACGGAGGCUUCAUGACCUUCCUGCCGGAGAUGCUGACUGGUAAUACGGCGUUGGCCACUGAUAGUUUCCUGUAUUUCGUGCUGUAUAUUGUUAUCUUCAACGGCCUCUGGGUCGUUGUCCCUGGCUGGAUUCUGUGGGAGGCGUGGAAGGAGUUCACGGGCUCCUUCAAUGUCAAUAAGAAACAGCGGGACAACAGCUCCCCCAGGCACAAGCUUGGAAGGUGA